AUGGAUAAAACACAAUGUGUUGUAUGUGGAAACACCAGCUUUAGAAUUGAGGAAGGACAAUAUGUUUGCAACGAAUGCAAUUAUGUAAGUGAAAUUGUAGUUGAACAGUUUGAUGAAGCUUACGAUUUACAGUCAGUUAAUGAUGAUUUAAAUAAUCAAUUUCUUGAAAAAGAUAUUUAUAAUAUUAUAAAAAAAUUAUAUAAAGAUGAUAAUUUAAGUAAUAAUAUAGCAAAAUAUGUCUUUAAAGAAAAUGAUGAAUUUUUUAUAAAUUUUCAAAAAAUUUUAAUAAAUUUUAUACACACAUUUAUUACAGUACACUCAUUACCACCAAUUAUAUAUGACGAAAUUAAAAAAAUAUGGUUUUACAUAUUGGAAUUAAAUAUAAAAAAUUUGAACAUUUAUAUGCCAUUUGGGGGAAUGAAAGAUUCCUUGAGAUAUGUAUACGAAGUAAUAAAAGAUAAAAAAAUAGUAGAAGUUUUAGAAAAUAUGAAAAAUGAUAAUAAUAUUAAUGAAGAAUUAAAAAAUGUAGCAUAUAAAAUGGGUUUAAGCAAAAUUUCCUAUUUUUUUACCUUACAAAAAAAAUAUUUACAUAAAACAUUUAAAAUGACCGAAUUUUAUCCUAAGAAAAGUGAAAUAAAUAAACAAUUCAAUAUUAGAUUAUUAAAUUUAUAUAGAAAAACUUCAUUGUUGGAUAGUGAAAAGAAGAAUAGACAAGAUUUUAUACGAUUUAAUGAACUGAUUAAUAGUAUAAAACAGUCAAAAACAAAAAACGAAAUUAAUAGUAAUAAUACAAAUGAUUUUUUUGAUAUAGAUUAUAAUGAAGAAGAUAUUUUAAACUAUGAAAUAAAUUCAAAUUAUGAAAAUAAUUCAGAAAUAUUAGAUUUUAUAUCAAUGGAGAAUUUGGAUAUACCUAAUUUUGAGAUAGAUAAAAAAGACAAUAUAUAUGAGAAGGAAAAUAAUUUAAACAAUGAAAAUAAAUCAAAUAAUUAUCUGAAUGUUAAUAAUAAUAUUAUGAAAAAUGACAGUUUUUUAGAUGCUGAACGUGUUUAUCACUUUUAUUCUUCAUACUUAAUUAAUAAAUUUUUACUUUCAAGAAAUUUAUCCAAACCAAUUGUUAAAAAUAUAUCAUGUUAUUUCAUGAAUAGAUCAACUAAUUACAAUGAACUUAUUGGUUUAAUUUAUGAACAUGAUUUUUUAUAUUACCUACAUGAAGAAUUAAAAAAAAAAUGUGAUAUUGAGUUUUUAUCAUAUUAUGAUAUUCUGCAGGUAUUUAAAGGAAACUAUGAUCAUUUGUUAUAUUCAUCAUUAUAUGAAGAAAAUUCAGAUAUUUAUAAUAAUAGUAAUCUUGAAAAUAAUUCAAACAGUAAUAAUAAUGAUCAUAAAAAUAACAUUUCAUUAAGUAGCAAAAAUGAAGAGAAAUCAUUUAUAAACAAUAAUGAAUUUACAACAAAUAAUUUAGAACUUGAAAAAAAUAUAGAAAUAAGUGAUUUUCAGUAUACAACAGAAUUAAAAAUAAAAAAUGAAAUGGAUGAUAAUUAUGAUAUAAAUAGUUUAGAAUAUGAUAAUAAACAUAAAAUAGACGAAUCAUUUGAAGAAAAAAUUGAAAUUAAUAAUUUUGAAUAUGACGAUGAUUUUAAAAUAAAAAAAGAAUUAGAUGAUAUUUAUGAAAUAAAUAGUUUACAAUAUGAUAAUGAAUAUAAACAAGAUAUGAUUGAAUUUGGUGGAAAUAUAGAAGCAAGUGAAUUAGAAUAUAAUAAUGAAUUAAAAAUAAGUAAUCAAAAAGAAAAUGAAGAAACUAAUUUUAAAGAAAAGAAAGUUUUAUGUGAUGAUAGCAAUGCUAUUCAGGAUGUCUUAAGAACAUACAAAAAUUAUAUUGAAUUAAACAAAGAAGUAUGUAAAAAAGAUUUAUCAAAUUCGUCAGUAAUAGCUGUAAGUUCAUCUUCCGAUAAUGAGAAUGAAAAUAAAAAUAUGGAGGAAAAAACAUUUCAUAAAUCAAUUACAAAUUAUAAUUCAAUAGAUAAAAAACUGUCAUAUCAAAAUGAAAAUUUAUCGGAAUAUAUGAAUGAUAUGAUUGAUAACAAAAUAAUUUAUGACGAUAACUAUAUUUGUGAUAGCUUUAGUUGUAGCAAAAAUGUUAAAGAAAAUACUUACGUUGAUAAUGAAAAUGAUUCCACUAUACAUAUUUUUGAAGAUAAUAAUAGAAAAGAACUUAAAUAUGAAAAAAAUUCUAAUAAUGUUUUAAGUAUUACUUCUAGUGACAAUAUCAGAAGGAAUUUAAAUAAUAAUGAUAAUGGUGAUAAUAAUAACAUAAAUAAUAAUUUAAGUAAUAAUACAAUUGGUGAUAACUUAAAUAGUAACAUAAAAUUUGAUAUAUAUAAGAAAUUAGAAUAUAUAAAUAAAAUAAAAAAAAAAAAUAAAUAUAAAAUUGAAAGGAAUUAUUAUGAUAAUGGAUUAAAAAAUAAAAAAGAAAACUUAAACAGUAUAUAUUCACUUGCAAAACAAUGUAUAUUUAAAAAUAUUAAUGAACAAAAUUCACACGUGAAUGUUUAUAUUCCUGAAAAGUAUCUAAUUGAUUCUUUUGUAUUUGAUGAUAUUUAUAAAAAGGUUCUAUAUAUUUCGAAUCUCAAAAGAUUUAGAACAUUAUCAAUAAAACAUAUUUAUAAGGAAUAUAUAGAAUUUUUUUUUAAAGAUUAUAAAUAUUAUUUAAUAGAUAGUGAAACUUAUAAAUUUUGUUUUAAUUUUACUUUUGAUUUACUAUUUUAUAUACUUUAUUAUUGCUUAAAAAGAUUAAAUAUAUAUUGUUUGCCUCAUAAUAUGAAAAAUUAUAUUAAUUCUGAUAAUUUUAAUUUAUAUAAAAUUUUUAAUAAUGUUUCAGAAUCCUUCUUUAAAUUAUUUAAAGAGCAAACAAUUUUUAAUUUUCCCUUGAAGAAUUCUCAUUUUUCUGAACUUAAAAAAUAUUUUUUUAUAAGAAAUUUAAAAAGUAGCAUACCAUUUAUUUGCAUUCAUAAUUAUGAACACAACAGCAAAUAUUUUAUGGAAGAAACAGAUAACCAAAAUAAUGAUUACAUUUAUAAAGAAAUUUAUCAUAAAAAAUUAAAGUUACAUUUUUCUAAAAUGAAAAAUUUAAAUUUUCUUGUAAAUAGAAAGUGGUUAAAAGAUUUAGAAAAUUUUAAUGGAUAUUUAAUAAUAAACAUGUAUUCUUUAAUUAAUGAUUUAAUCUUUAAAUUUCAACUUCCGAAUGCAAUUCAAACAUAUUCUAUUAAACUUUUAAAUUUAGUUAUAUUUAAAUAUAGAUUUUCACAGUUUCUUUAUAAUGUAUAUAGUAAUAAAUACGAUGAUUUACAUAUUGAAUUAAAUAAUUUUUAUAAUUACAAAAAAAUAUAUAAGGACUGUUUUACAUUUUUCGGUGGAAAAUAUAGAGGAGUUCCUUUAAUAAAUGAUAUAAACAAAUAUAUUCUAUAUUUAAUGAGAAAAGAAUAUUAUAUAAAAAAAAAAUUUAUUGAAACAAAAAAAUAUUUAAUGCCUGAUAAAGUAAAUGUUAAUUAUAAGGUUUAUAAUAAAAUUAACUACUUUUAUAGACAAAAAUUUUUUUACACUUUUUAUAAUAUUCCUUCUAGUUUAUAUUUUUCUAAAAAGCAUUUUUAUAAUAUAGCUGCUGGUUGUGUUAUAAUUGCUUGUAAGUUGUAUUAUCCUAUGUUUUCUAAUGAUUUUUUUUGUUACGAAAAUAUGUUUGUAAAAAACAAAUAUGAAAGUUAUCAUUUGAAUAAUCAUUAUAAAUGUCAUAUUCAAAAUAACUUCAAUUUCUAUAAUAAAGAUAUUAUUCAUAAAUGUGUUCAAAUAAAGAAAAUAACACAGGAAAAAAACAACAAAAAAAAGAAACUAAAAAAGCAUAAAAAAGAAUUUCUUAAUAGAAAUAAGAAAGAAAUAGUAAUAAAUGAAAAUAAAGAUAAAAAUGACACUUGUGAUAAUUUACUGAAGAGCAAAAUAAAGUAUAUUUUAGAAGCAGCAAUUACAAGAAAAAAAAAGAAAAAAAUUGAUAAUGAAAAAAGGAUAUGUAAAUUAAGAAAUAUUAAAAAAAAAAGAAAAUUUUUAAAUGUAUGGGAUCAAAAAUAUUCCUCAAGUAAAUAUAUAAAGACCAAAAAAUUAAAAUGUAGUAAUUUUAAUGAAGACAAUAACAAUAAUGAAAAUUAUGUAACAAAUGAAUUCAAUUUUGAUAAAAUUUUUGAAAUAGAAAAUAACACUUUGGAAACUAGUGAUAAAUAUGUUGAUAUAGAAAAUAAAAAACUCGAAGUAGAAGAUAAACAAAUUAAUAUAAAUGAAGAAGAUAAUUAUACGAAUAUAACUAACCUUAAUGAAAAUUAUAAUCAAUCAGAAAAAAAAAAUGGCAAUGAAAAUGAUAAAAUAGAUUCAAAUAUAAGAGAAAUAAUUUUAAACACAAAUGUAAAUUACAUAUGCGAUCAGUCAAAUGAAAUAUACAUGAAUAAAAAUAUAGAAAUUGAAUCACUAAAUGAAAGAAACUUAAGUGAUUAUUAUAAUGAUAUCUUAAAUGGAAAUAAAAAUGAAAGUUAUUUUGACAAUUAUUUACAUAAAAGCUCAAAAUAUUAUGAAGAAAAUUUAGUUUUUGAUUUCUUAAAUAAUGACUUUUGUGAUGACUAUAUUUAUAAUUGUUUAAUUAUUGAGGAUUAUGACUUUGAAAAUGCUAUUAAAAUGAAGUCAAUUAAAAAAGAAGUAAAAAAACAAAAAAAAAAAAAAAUUAAUAAAAUAGUAGUAAAAGAAAUCCAUUUUAAAUCAUUAAAAUACAACAAUAAUUAUUAUUUUGUUCCAUCUUUAAAUAUUUUAAGGUUAUUUUUUAAUUGUAGAAAACAUCUUUGCUGUGAAUCGUAUAAAAAGUUAAUUGAAAAAAAUGAAAAUGAUGUAAAAAAUGAAGAUGAGGAAAAUUUUUUUAGGAAAUUUAUAUAUCAAAAAGUGUGUGCAGACAAAAGUAAAAAUGAAUACAGUUCUGAUGAUUAUGAAGAUGAAAACAAGACAUAUGUCUUACCUAUUAAUAAAGGAUUAAGAACGAGUUUUAGAAAUGAUGAAGAAAAAAAAAUGAAAAUAAUUUUUAUUAAGCAAAAUCCAUUUUGUUGCAAAGAUUUAUUAUAUGAUUACAGCAGUAAUAUUUUGAUUACUACUACUAAUAAUAAUACAGAGAAAUUUAAAAAUAUAUUGGAAACAUUUUUUUUAAAUAGUUACCCUCACCAUUUAAGUUAUUUUAAUUUUAAUUUAAAUAUUUUGAUGUAUUAUAAUUUUAUUGAACUAUUAUUGAAUGAUAACAAUAGCUUAUUAGCUCAUUUAUCAAACAAAAUAAAUUCACAUUGUAAUGUUACUUCUAAAUCUAUGAUCAUGAAUAAAAUGAUCAGGAAUAAAGCUAGAUAUGUAAUGAAGUUUUUAUAUAUAACCGAAACAAAAAAAAAAACAAUUAAUAAUAAUUCUAUUUUAAAUGAAGAAAAUAACAACGAUAAAUACAAGAAAAAGAAUGUUAGGAAAAAAAAGAACAAAAAGUUAAAUAAUGUUAGUGAUAACGUUUAUACAGAUAAACAAAAAGAAUCAAAUAACAUAGAAGAAAAUAUGUUAGUUAAUUUUAAUGACGAUCUUAUUGUUGAAUUUAUUAAAACAAUCGAUAAUUAUGAAAACGAUAAAAUUUUGUAUAAGUUACUAAAUAAUACCUCUGAUGACAGUGAAAAUGAAAAAAUUUUAAAAAAUAAGUCAGAAAAAAUUUGGUAUGUUAAUUUUAUUUAUUCUAAAAAUUAUGAAACUGCAUUUUUUACGUACAUUUUAUAUGAAUAUUAUUAUAUAGUUCAAUAUUAUUAUCAUUAUACUCAUCUAGUUGACAUAUUAAAUGAUUUGAUUAAACAUUCAUGGAAUUUAUAUCAACUACUUUUUUUUUAUUAUCAAUUAAAUUAUGAUAUUUACAUAUAUUUUAAAUGCUUAACUCAACUAUUAAAUAUGUUUGAAUAUUUUUUUGUUAUGAUAAAAGAUAAAGAGCAUAUCAAUGCAAAUAAUUUUAAUUGCUUUUACAGAAAUAGAUAUAUAAAAAGAAAAAAAAAGAUUCUGUAUAAAAUAAAAAUCUUUUAUUUUAUUUUUCAAAUUUUGUAUAGUAUAAAUGGAGCUAAAUAUAAAACAAAUCGUAAUUUAUAUUUCUAUAUGUGUAAAUGUUUUGUAAAUACAGAAUCAGUUAUUUUUCAUAGAAAAUAUUUCACGAAAAUUCCUUUUAAAAAGUAUUUUUUGGAGAUGAAUUUCCAUUUAAAAAAUAUUAUUAAAAAGGGUCAUGUAUACUUAAAAAAUAUAUUAGAAAAUACAUUUAAUAUAAAUACAAUGAAAAGAAUUAUUACUUCUAAAAUGAAGCAUAUAUCUAAAAAAUUAGGUAACUUAAUUAAAAGAACAUACGUUAAUAAUGAUUAUAUUCAUAGUUAUGUAUUAUCAUUUAGACGUAAUAUGAUGUUUCAUAUAAUUAUCUUGAACGUUAAUUUUUUUUUAAUUAAUUUUAAAGGAACCAUAAAAUUAGUUGAACAAAAUUAUUCUACCUUCAUAGAGAAUUAUUAUAGAAAAUUUUAUCAUUGGGAUGAAAAAAAUUCUAAUAACAAUGUUAUUGUUCUUUCAAUGGAUAAAGUAAAAAAAAAAAAAAAAUCUUUGUUACAUUUUUCAAAGAACUUAAAUGAAAAAUUAUAUAAUAGGAAUAUAACUAAUAAAGUAAGUGGAGAGAUUUCUAAUUAUCAUGCAAAUAUUUAUUCCUUUUUUAUGAAAACUCAAAAGUAUAAAAUUUUAAAAAAAAAAGCAUUUGCUGAUUUGUAUUUUGAAAGUGUAAAUUUUAAUAGCAAUAAGAAUAAUAAUAUUGAAAAAUCUAACAAUAAAUACUUAAAACGAUGUAAUUGUAGCUAUUGUCUGUUAAAUUUUUUUCAAAUAAUAAAAAACAAUGAAAAUAAUCUUAUGAAAAAAAAACAAUUUAAUAAAAAUGUCAAAUUUCUAGAAAAUGUGAAUACAAAAAAUUAUGUAAAAUUUAAAAGUCAAAAUUCAGAAAAAAAAAAAUAUAGAAAUAUUGAUAUGAUUUCACUAUUUCAUAUAUAUAUAAAUAUUAUUUUUGAACUAAAUAAGACAAAAAAAAAAUUACCAUAUUUAUUUAAUUACAAUUUUAUUUUGUCCAACUUGAUAAAUAAAAGUAAAAGCAAUUUUUUAUGCCUUAAUAAAUCAGAUAUUAUUAACGACUGUAUAAAAAAUAUAUUUAAACAAAAUUAUGAGAUUCUACAUAAUACAUAUUUAACUAAAAUUUUAAAAUGUGAAAGUACAUUAAAUAUUAAAAAACAAUUAAACAAUAAACAUCUGAAUAAUUUUUUUAGUAAUUUUAAUAUAUUCAAAAAUGAUUAUUACAAAAUAGAUCCUAAAAUCAUAAAAUGUUUUCUAAUUGGCUUUUUAAAAUUUUUUAGGAAAUUUAAUAGAAUAAUAAGAAAUCCAAAUAUUAUAUUUUUUUUAUAUUAUUGGAGAUCUUGUAGCGAUUUAAUAAAUAAAAAUAAAUUUCCGAUUAAUAAUUUUUUCGUAGAUCAAGAAUUAGCAGAAAACAUAUUUUACUCUUUUUUUUUGUAUUUUUCUAAAAUAAAAUGUGCAAAAAAUGAAUUAAUUAAAAAUAGAAUUAGUAUAAUAAACUAUAACAAAUUAUUUAAGUAUAUAUUAAACAUAGAAAACAUUUUGAUAAAAAAUAAGGAUAAUAUAGUAGUGCCAAAUAAUGAUAUAUAUGACAAGCUAUUUUAUAAAAAUCAAAAAUAUUCGAAUAAUAAAUAUUCUUUAAAUAAAAAAAAAGAAAAUACAACUAAAUUAAGUUUAAAAUCUAGAUUAACUUCCCUCAUUCAAAAUAUAAACUUUUCUUCAUAUAUUAUAAAAAAUAUAAAAAUUUUAGAUAUAUAUAAAUCCUUUAUGAAGUUAAUAAAUAAUUUAAAAGAUAAAGAAUAUAAAAUUGAUUUCAAUAAAAUAAUAUAUUUUCAUUCAAAUGAUGAUAUUUAUAUGAACAAUAUAUAUGAAAAGAUGGAAAAAAAUAUAGUAAAUAAAGAAAAAGAAAAAAAUAGAAUAAAUAAAAAAAAAAAACAUAGUUUAAAUUUUUAUAAAAGUAUUUCUAAUUCUAUUAUGAUAGAUAAUUUUAUUAAUAACAGUAAACAAUUUUUUUUAGUUAAAAAAAUGAAAUUUCUUGAACAAAUAAAUAAUGAAUGUUAUAAAAGAGAUAUUACUAUGAAGGACAACGAUUCAUUUAUAUAUAACGAGGAUAAAGGAAUCUCGAAAACACUAUCUAAAAAAAAUACGUUGAAAUAUAUUCUUGUAAGAUUUUUUAAAAGAAAUGUAUUUGAUGAAUUUAGAAAAAACAAAAAGGAAGGAGAUUAUGAUAAUUUUAAUUUUAAUAUUUUUUACGAAGAUGAUCAUAUACAUUAUAUAAUUUUAAAAAAUUAUUUAAAUAGUUUAACACAUUUUAUUGAACCGAUAGAUUGCAUUAGCAUUUUUAAUACAAAAAUAUAUAAAAAAUUAAAUCAUUUGUUUUCUAAUAUUCCUAUAAACUUUAAAACAUAUUCUUACUUAAAACAAAAUUUUAAUAAGACAUUAUUUGAGUCAAUUGAAAAAAUUGAUUCUUUAAAUAUAAAAGAAGAUAUACUUUUGAAUAACAAAAAAGAUAUAAAUUUAAUAAAUAAUGAAAUAUAUAUAAAUGAUGAGGAAGGUGAAGAAUUUGCAUAUAUUUCUACAGACCUAGAUUCUUAUAAAAGUGAUACUGUUUAUUAUAUUAAUUUAAACAAGAUGAAAUACGCAGAUUACAAAAAACAUGUAAAAAAAAAUAAAAAUCUUUUAAAAAUGGCUACAAAGGAAAAACCAUAUUGUAAAUUGAAUAAAUGUUUUUCUUCUGUUAUUCAAACAAAUAAUAAUGUUCCACUUUUUCAUGAUUGUUACAAAAUAUAUACAAAUAUUUUUCGUAGAUUAAAUGAUUACUUUGAGAAUUCUACAUAUCUAUUAAAAAUUUUAGACGAAAAUAUUUUUGAAUGGCAUAAUAAUUUAAACAUGUAUGAUACAUUCUUAUUUCUUCAUAAUAAAUGCUAUAAUUUCAGAAAAACUGUAAAACAAAGAAGUGUUACGAUAAAUACAGAUGAAAAUGAUUUAAAAUUUGAAAAUCAUUUUAAAAAUAAAAACUGUAUGAAUAAAAAUAAUAUAAAUGACACAUAUAAAAAUAUGAAGAUGAAAACUUCAAAUAUGUAUAAUGAAAAUAGUUCUUCAUCUAAUGAAACAAAAAAAAAAAGUAAAAAUGAAAAUAAAAAGGAAAUAAAAAUAUUCAAUAAUUUUGACUCAUAUGUGAUGAGAAAUAUAUGUAAUAAAAAUGAUAUUUGUACAAAAAAAAACUUUAAUUUUAAAACUACAAAAAGAAAAAUUAAAGAGCCAUAUGUAUGUAUAUAUAAUGAUUCAAGUUAUUUCAAUGUUACUAACACAUGUGUCAAAGCAGAAAUAAAUAAAAACAAUAAAUAUGAAGAAUUAUUAAUUAAUUAUAAUUUGAAUAAAAAUGUUCAUUUUGAAUUUAAUUCAAGUUUAAAUUGUUUUAUUUUGAGAUUAAAAAAUGAUUAUAUAAAAAAAAAAAAUAGAAUUUUAUUUUCCAAAAUAAAAAAGAAUCAAAUAUAUAAAUUAAAAUUUAUUCAGAAUUUUACCUAUACAAAGAAAUAUACCUAUUUUAUUUUUUCUUGUUUUAUUUAUUCAAAGUUUUUAAUAAUUAGAAUGAUGUAUUUGUUUUCCCUAAAAUAUUUUCCUUCUUUAUUUCUUAAAACAGCUAAUUAUUUAAAUUAUUUAAAAUUGGAUGAAAAAUUUUUAGAACUCUUGUAUUGUGAUGAUUAUGAAAUUCUUCAUUCUAUUUUCUAUAAUUUUACAUCUCAAAAAAAUUAUAAGACAAUAUUUGAUAUAUUAAGAUUUAAAGGUUAUCAUAUAAAUCCUUUUUCUUUAUUAGGUAGUCUUUGUUAUAUAAAAGAAAUUAAAAUUAUAUGCAAAUGUUUUAAAUUGCGAAAUGUAAAUUAUUUCAAUACCCUACAUAGUGUGAUAUCUAUAGAUAGUGUCAAAAAUGAAGUAGAUCUUAUUAAUUUCGAAAAUUUUAUUUAUAAACAGGAAAUGAAUAAAAAAGUUUCCAGUGAAUUCAAUGAGCUAUCCAAAAAGGAGAAAGAAGAUAAUGAUAAAGAAAGUUGUUUAAACAAAGUAAAUUUAAAAAAAAAAAAUAGAAAAAAUGAUUUGAAAUUAUAUUCUGAUGAUUUAUUAUAUAACAAUAUAUUACUAGUAGAAUUUACAGAUAAUUUAGAAUAUAAUAUUGAUAAUAAUAGUAUAAAAGAGUUUUUUAAGAGAAAUUAUAAUGAGGAUGAUCAUUUUAAUGAAAUUAAAAAUUUUGAAAGUAAUGUAGAUAAGAUGGAAAUUUCCAAAAAAUUUGAUAUAAACAAUUAUUUCAGAGAGGAAAGCGAAGAUAAGGAUAAAAUAUUAGAAUAUGAAGAAUUUGAAAUAGAAGAAAACCAAAUAAAUAAUGAUGAAAUAAAUGAGAGAAAAAAAACUCCGCGUUUAAUUAUACCUCCAACUUUACCAAAUAUAUCUUGUGUAUUAUUAGCUGAAAAAAAAAAAAAAAAAGAGAAAGAAAGAAAUAAUAUUUAUAUAAAUAAAAGUAAUGAAGAAAAAGUAGAAGAAGAAAAAAUUACGGAACUUCAUCAAUAUGUCAUGCCAAAAAAUGAAACAAAUGCCUUUAAUGUGAUAGAAUUAUAUGAAAAAAAAAGAAAAGCAUCUAAUUUAAAUAAUAAAAACAUAAAACAUAAAAAACGUAAUAUUCAGUAUACUGAAAAUGAUUCAAAUUAUAAUGAAAUAAGUAUGAAUAAUAAUAUUUUAAAUAAUAAAAAAAAUGAGAAAUGGGAUAGUGAAUAUUUAAAUAUAAGGAAUAAUCAAAUGGAUAAUAAUUGCAACAUUAAUAUUAGUAAUAUUAAUAAUAAUAUUUUUAUCAACAUAAAUGAAAACGAUAGGGACAGUAAUAAUAAUAAUAGUAAUAAUAACAAUAAUAAUAAUGAUAUGAAUAUAAAUAAUAAUGAUAUGAAUAUAAAUAAUAAUGAUAUGAAUAUAAAUAAUAAUGAUAUGAAUAUAAAUAAUGAUGAUAUAAAUAUAAAUAAUAAUGAUAUGAAUAAUAAUGACAAUAAUAUAUUGGUUAAUAGAAUAGAUAACAAUAUAGACAUUAAAUUAAAUUUUUCUUAUGUAGAAAAAGGAAAUCAAAUAAAUGAGAAAAAAGAAUCAUAUAUAACUUCAAAUAAAAAUUUUACAGAAAAGAAAAAAAAAAAAAAAAAAAAAAAAAAAAAAGAGAAUAGUAAUAAGAUAUAUUAUGAAUGCCUUAUGGAAAAUUCAAAUGAGCAAAAGAUAAGAGAGCAUUCGAAACCAUCAGAAACAAUUAAUUUAUAUAAUAUUAUUAUAAAAUUUUUAAAUGAUAGAGUUUUGUUAAAAAAUGAUUCUAUAACUUAUGAAAAAUAUAGAAAAAAAAAUAUAAUAGAAUUUAACCAUAUUAUGUAUAAAGAAUUCACAUUACAUACUAAUUAUUAUUCCGAAUCCUUCAAUAAAAGUAUAUUAAAUGAAUUUAUUUCUCUUUUUUAUGAUAAUAACUUUAAAAAUAAUUAUUUAAAACAUAAAAAAAAAUAUAUUAAUAAAAUAAAAAAAAAUAAUUAUAAAAAAGAUGCUCCAAAAAAAAAGUAUAAAAAAAUUGACUAUAAUAAUAUAAGUUUAGACAUAAACAACAACAUAGUAAAUUCAUCAUAUGAAUUUAAUGAAUAUUCUUAUUUAAAUGAUGAUAAAUUAUCUUCUCCAAAAAAUGUAGAUAAGUUAGAGAAAGAAAAAAAAGAUACCAUAAAGUUUCAAAGUGAAGAUGAAAAUGAACGCGAAAAUAAUAGAGAAAAUAAAAUAAAUAAAAAAGAUAUACAAAAAAAAGAAAAAAUAAAUAUAAAUAUGUCAAUUGCAAAUAACUUUUUAUCAUAUGAUGAAGGCAAAAAAUAUAGUGAUAAAGAAGAAUAUACUUUAAACAAGGAGUGUGAUAAUUCUUCUUGUUGUACUUCUGAUUAUUGUAGUAGUGAAUUCAGUGAUGAGUAUAAAAAUGAGGGUGAAUAUAUAACUUGUUCUUUUUUUUUACAUAAACCUAUAUAUAUUUUUGAUGAAAGGAAGGAAAGAAAAGAAAUUAAACAAAAAGAACAUAAUGAAAAAAAAAAUUAUAACAAUUUUAAUAAUAUUAAUAAAAAAGAUGGCAGAAUGAAAGAUAGUAUUUUUUCUCAUAAUAGAGACAUAUUUGAAAAUUAUUUUUCUAAAAGUAGUAAAAAACUUCGAAAUAUUUAUAAAAAGUUAAUUAAAAAAAUAGAAAAUGAUAAGUCUAUAAAAAAAACGUGUUAUAAAUUGUAUGACAAAAAAAACAGCUUUUUAAUGAGGGAUUACAAGUGUUCAAAACAUAAAAACAUAUGGAAAAAUUUUACAAAAAAAUAUGUAAAAAAAAAAAAAAAUAUAAACAAUUUAUUCAAUGGAGAUUCGUUUAUUAUAAAUAGCAUUUCAAAUGAUAUCCAUACUUAUGAUAACGAAAUUAAGAAUAUAGUAAGAAUAUAUAAAAAUCAAAAAAUGCUUAUAAAAAUUAUGAAACAGAAGCAAAUAUCACAAAAAUAUAAAAAUACUUUUCCAUGGAUUGGUGACAACAUCUAUAUUUCUCCUAAUAAUGUUGAUAAAUUUAUUAUAGCGGGAUAUAGCUCUGUUUUAUUUCAUCAAAAUACUUCCUAUUUGAAAAAUUUUAAUCAUCAUGCAGCAAGUGUUAAUAUACCUUUAAAUUUUAUGAUUGAAUCAAGACGUUUAGAUUGCUUAAGUGUUAUGUUAAGUUUAUUGAUAAAAGUUUUUAGUUCAUAUAUAGAUUGUACAUCACAUGAUCUAAUUACAGCUUGUAGAGAAAUUGAGAAAUCCUUUAAAUUUUUUGUUGAAUAA